AUGUCAAACCUUUCGCUAUCCCUCGUGAGCCUAGCCUUUUUCCAAAUCAUCCGCAAUACCGUGCCCAUCUUCACCGUUUUGAUAUACCGAGUCUGGUUUGGGCGCUCGUACUAUAUGGCGACAUACCUCUCACUCUGUCCUAUCAUUAUUGGCGCGGGAAUGACUGUGGUCGGGGAAUACCAUUACUCUGCUUUUGGUCUCUUCAUCACAGUAUUCGGAGUUGUUCUCGCAGCGGUUAAGACCGUCACAACCAACCGGCUGAUGACAGGAUCCCUGGCACUUCCUUCAAUGGAGCUUCUGUUCCGCAUGUCUCCACUCGCUGCGAUCCAAUCCUUUGUGCUCGCGGUAAUUGCCGGAGAGCUGCCAGCUUUUGCAGAUUCCAUGUCCCAGCGUGCCGCCGAGUCCUCGAGACUGGCCACCGUGGCCACCGUCAUAUUCUUACUUGGAAAUGGACUACUGGCAUUUUUCCUCAAUGUGUCUUCUUUCCAGACCAACAAGCUGGCCGGUGCUCUCACAAUAUCGGUUUGCGGGAACCUUAAACAGGCUGUCACACUAGCUAUUGGAAUCUUUGUGUUCAAAGAUUUCACCGUGGAUAUCUUAAACGGCACCGGUAUCCUUCUUGUGAUAGCUGGUUGCGCAUUUUUCAGCAAAGCAGAGCUCGAUUCUAAGAAAAUCUCUGCAGUAUCAUAG